ACAGGAGGAAACCCGCACCGGACAAGGAUCAGCUUCUAGGUUACGGGCUACGACACUACCCACCACAGACACACAAUGGCAGACGUCGACGAUGUGAUAAGCGAUCAGGAUAAGAUCCGGAUCGCGUCCGACUUCCUGAUGCACGCACCACCCGGCGAGUUCAACGAGGUGUUCAACGACGUACGCGAACUGCUGAACGACGAUCGACUGCUGAAGGAAGGUGCCAGUGCCGCAUGCGCUCAGUACAACAAGGACCAGCUCACUCCAGUUAUCCUCGAGAAUUCGGGGCUGCGAGUGCUGGUCACAGAGUUUAACGAUCUCGGUGGUGGCCGAUUCUUCGAUCCGCGAACCAAGCAGAGCUUCAAGUUUGAUCACCUGCGAAAGGAAGCGUCCGAUCUGCAGAACCACGACGGUGAUCACACGUCGGAGCAGUGGCGCGCGAUGCUGGACAUCGAGACGCUAACAUAUAGCGCCAAACACUACCGUAACGGGUCCUGUUCGGUAUUCGGCCGGACGGUGAACGGGCAGAUCACGCUAAACGUCUGCAUCGAGGAUCACCAGUUUCAGCCGAAGAACUUCUGGAACGGCCGGUGGCGCUCGACCUGGGUGAUAACGUUCCCGGCGUCGGGUGGUGGUACGGCCGAGCUAAAGGGAUCGCUCAAGCUGCAGGUGCACUAUUACGAGGACGGCAAUGUGCAGCUGGUCUCGGCGAAGGACUGCCGUGAGACGGUGACGAUCACAAACGAGGCCAACACGGCGAAGGAGAUCAUACGACUGAUCGAGGAGAGCGAGCACGACUACCAGACGGCAAUAUCGGAGAACUACCAGACGAUGUCCGAUACGACAUUCAAGGCGCUCCGGCGGCAACUGCCAGUUACGCGAACGAAAAUCGACUGGAGUAAGAUAGUAUCCUAUAGCAUCGGUAAGGAGCUGAAGACGCAGUAGAGCAAGCGCGAAAAAGAAUAAGUCGAAUGAGUGGUCGAGGCGCGCAGGAAGACGAAAUGCAGGAAAACAGACGCUAGGGCGCAUGUUAAAGGACAAAAGCAAGGAUAGAACUGUGGAUGAGGCAAAAAACAAAGGCAGGAAGGAAGGCAUAUUUUCGUUUUAUUAGCGAACCAUAGAGACUCGAGCGCGAAAGUGAAACAUCUUGUCCAAGUCCCAUUUUUCCACCAAGGAGGAGGAGGACGAAGCAUGUAUGUUUCAAACGAAGGAAAAUAUGAUCUGCGAUAGACGCCCUUGUAUUCUCGCGAAACGUCGUGGAGAUCAUAGAGAAAUGCACAAUAAUCUGUUGUUCAUGAUGAGAUCAUGGCCACCUGCCUUCCGGCGGUGGCCUUCUGUUUGGUCGCAUGUUCGGAGUCCUUUGUUUCGGAUCGAGCUUUACGCGUUCGAAGUGUCCUAUUCAGUUUGAGUUUUUUUUUCUCUGUUUUUGGUUUUAUUCACUACUCUAUAAGUAAAGUUUUCAAUCCAUGAGAAAUAGAACCGACUAGAAAAGUAAAGAAAGAAGAAUCAAACGACACGAUUCAAUCAGCUGAAGUUGCACGCGUAUUCGAGCUAAUGCUGGAAGAGAAAAUGGAAAGCACACAGGAAGAAGGAAGAGAUAGAUUAUAAAGCGAGCCGUAAUCGGAAGGAUAAGUUAAACAAGCAUGGAAAAUAAACAACUAAAAAAUACAAAUAAAAAAAGCAUACAAAAACAAAUGUUCAGCCUCCUUGAAGAAAAGAAAACAACACUCAUCGACUGUAAUUAUCGUUAACGUGAGCAAUUCGAGGAGAGCCUUAGCGGCCAUUGGAGAGUUACGGAACAUUUCCAGGGAGGAAUAUAAAUUCGAACUAUUCAACAGUCGCUUGCUUUGUGCGGAUGCUAGGAUUCGAUCUCCUGGCGUUAAGGUGUGAAAACAUUGAGUUUAACCCAGUACCACGAAAUAAUGCGGCUAAUAUAUUUAUGAUCAUUCGGACGCUUCAAACAGUUAGCCGUUACUAAUGGUUGGGAAAAAGGAAGCAGUGUUGGAAGGAAUAGAACAAGAAUACUCCUUUAGAGGAGAAUAGUCAUCUUCUUCAUUAAUCCUUGCUUUCCCACUGAAAUACAGGAAAAGGACUACACAGGAUAUUUCCAGAGAAGAGUAUAAUACGCUAAGAGAGGAUAAAAUGUAACAUGAAUCGAACAUUGGACUAAGCGCCCUUCUAGCGCAAAUUGCAAGCAUAUACGAAUGAAAAACACGCACAUCUCCUUCAUGAAUGGUCGAAAUAAGGGUAAUGUUUAACAACAACUUUUGCUCUACACUUCUGUAGUAUGUUUACUCCACGACGAGGGAAAUUAUCCGACAAGAUUUGAAUUACUUCAUCAUCGACGAUAUUGUGAACAUUGUUCCCAUUUACAAAACGCUAGUUUAAAUUUCAUAAUUUUGCCCCGACAACAAAUCAUGGAAAGGAAAUUGCACCGAAUAUUGUGAACAGAUGUAGCGAACGUUAGUACCACCCUAGAGAAUUUGUUCAAUUUGACUGAGGGAGGUGGACAAGAGUUUGGUUGCUUUUUAUGCAUUUAAUAAGGAAAUAAAGAUAUUACCGAGUCGGAAAUAGUUGUUGACAAAUGUAACAGAGUCAGAUAAAGAAGGGAAGGUAUGUUGUAGGCAAUAGCCGGUUAUUUUCGAUACCACCGUUAGCGUGUUUUGGUUUCACUAUGAAUAAUUAGCAAUCUGGAUACGAUCAUGCAUUGCUAAUCAAAGCUAAAUUUCUUCUAUACACUCUCCGGCUACAUAUGAUAGAGGAAAUUUGUCCGGUAUUUUUUUUCGGGUACAGUUUUAAUAAAAAAAGAAGGCGGCCAAAAUGCAAACGAAAUUCUGAUACCCAGGAAUAAUGAGCAGCAUGUUAGUAGAGUAGCGAAAAGACGUUAACAUUGAGCUGAUUGGAAAGCAACCAUGUGCUAGUUAUUACGAUUGCCAACGAAAGUGGCAUGGAAUGUGCGGAAAACAGUACACGAACGAGCGUAUGCUGAGUAGCAAACACAGUAGCGGAAUACUGUAUCAAAACUUCAACAACACUGAAACACUCUCAAGAAUAACGACGCAAGACGCAUCAUAGUUAAAAAGAAAAACGUUCAUUUGCAUCCAAAAUGAAACGGUGAAAUAUGCAAGAAUAGGUGCAAUUAUACAGUGAUAUGAAAUCAAACGAAAGCGCAAUAUAGCCAAGAAACAACACAAAAGCACCAUAACCGUCGCUGCAGCACCAUUAUAGCAAAAGAAAAUGAGUAAACUAUGCAUUAACGAGUAAAGAAGCGUAGUAAGUGCAGAUAGUUGUAUCAAAAGCAGAGUGUGCAAUGCUGCAUGAUUGUUGCAUAGGAGGGAA